AAGAAGCAUCAAAGAUAGGACUUCCUUCAGGUAAACAUAGAGAAAACAGAGGUGAGUGAUGAAGAUUCCUAGCCAACACCAACAACAACAAACAAUAAAGAACAAUCAGCAUAAAUGGGAGGAAUAUGAAAGAAGCAACCUCCUUAACCUAUCUACCUACAUGGGAAGCAUCGUUUCAAUUACAGGCCAACGGAACUGUCGAAGAUAUCAAAGCAGCGAGGAUCGGGAAAGCAAAGCAAGCUCUCGUUUCUCUCAAGUCUGCGUGGAGAUCAACAGCUCUACUCACCAUGAAAAUGAAAAUACGAUCUGGAUUUUCAACUCCAAUGCGAAGUCAAUGAUAUUUACUAUACGGAUCAAAGAUUUGGCGCCGCGCCGCGUCACCAAGGCCACUUCGAACAAACUAACUCACCUUUAUCAACAGACGUCUUCUCUCCCUUCUACUCAAAAUGAGAUGGCCGGCCAGAGUUGAUCAGCAGCAGGUAGGG